AUGUCAGCGUUUUCGAGUUUGUUUGGAGCAGGGCCGCUGAAGGUGGACCAAGAAGUUGCUACGCUUUUCAAGGCGUCCAGUGGGCCGGUGAGUAGAAAGAACUUACCAAGCAGAACUGAGAUUGAUAUAGAAAGUGAAGAGGAAGAAGAAAGCGGGAGUGAUGAAGAGAGUGAAGAAGAAGAGAAGGAGGAGGAGCAGCCUGCAAAGAAGAAGGCCAAGACCCAAAAGGACGAAAACUACGACUUAGAAGCUAAGUACUUUGAUAAAUUGUAUAAUGAGCCUGAGAAAGAACAGGAAAAGAAGGAAAAGAAGGAAAAGGAAGAAAAGGAAGAAAGUGAUAGCGAAAGCGAUAGUGAAGGUGAAGGUGAAGAAAGUAAAGAAAGUAAGGAAAAAAGUACCAAGGCUAAAACCAUUGAUUUGAAAGAACAAGAGUUAGAAAAAGCUGAAAAGACAGUCUUUGUUGGUAACGUAUCAAACGGAGUCAUCACCUCAAGACAAACAUAUAAGAGAUUCAAAAAAUUGUUCAGCGAAUAUGGGAAAAUCUUAUCGAUACGUUUUAGAUCAAUUUCAUUUAAUGAUGCCGUACCUCGUAAGGUUGCAUUUGCCAGAAAAUCGUUACACGAUGCAAGAGAUACUGUCAAUGCGUACGUUGUUUUCCAGAACAAAGAAGAAAGCUUAAAGGCAACCAAAGAAUUGAAUGCCAGUAUAUUUGAUGAUAAUCACAUCAGGGUUGAUCAUAUCACUCAUCCAUCACCAAAAGAUAAUAAAAGAACCAUUUUUGUUGGGAAUCUUGAUUUUGAAGAACAAGAAGAAACUUUAUGGCGCUACUUCAAUAAAAACACCAAUAAUGACGUUGAAUCAGUUAGAGUAGUGAGAGAUUCUAAAACUAAUUUAGGUAAAGGUUUUGCCCUUGUCCAAUUUAAAGAUACUUUAUCAGUUAAUAAAGCAUUAUUACUCAACGAUAAACCAAUGAAUGACGAAAAGAAACUGCGUAAAUUACGUAUAUCUCGUGCUAAAACCAAUGCCAAACCUUCAAUCUUAUCUCCAAAUCAUAUCGAUAAUCAAAAAGGCCCUAAUCAAAAGAAAAAUAUCAAAGUUAAAAAACCAAGACAUAAAAACUCCGAAAAUUUAUCUGAUCAACAAAAGACUAAAUUAGGGAGAGCUCAAUCAGUCUUGGGUAAAGCCGACAGGGCCACCGUAGGUAAAUCCAAGACCAUCGUGGAAGGUCAAAGAGCCCAUAAAGGUGAUUCCAUUGCUGGUAUUAAAGGUUUGAAAAGUGACCGUGAAAGAAAAAAGAAUCAAAAGGGUAAUGUUAAAAAACCUAGAAUCAGAGAACGUAGUACCAAAUUUAAACAAGAAAGAGCUCAAAUGAAAAAGUAA